AUUUGACCGUGAUUGUGGAAGUUCUGUUUCCUUUACUUCCUUUUUUUUAAAGUUUGACUCUAUAGUGUAUACAUUGAUUUUGUAAUGCACUGGCACAUUAAUUUCAUAUUCGUUUUAUGGUGUAAACUUUGAAUUCUGUUAAAAAGGAAGCACUUGUGCCUGAAUUAAGUGGGUUUUGCCAUGAAGUGUCAAAAUCCUGAAUAACCUAUAUUUCAACAGCUCUUGUUGCACUUUUUUGUGGUUGAAUUUGUGAAACUUGUUUUAGUGAGUCUAGCAUGUUGAAAAAGAAAGUGCUAGAAAGUCUAGCAUGUUGCUUUAUAUCUGUAAAUGUACACAAGCCUGUCUAGUCAAGAUUUUAGGAUUUGCCGAUUUAUUUUUUUUGUCAUACGAGAGUGCAACCGCUUGAAGAUUGCAUAUUAGAAUUAUUGUCAUUUAAUGGUGGAGUCGUAAAAAUGUCACAGUUCAAAAAGUGGGCACUGAGAAGGGAAGCCAGUGGUGUGAACUUUUACUUGAGGAACUUGUGUGCAAUUGUGUGAACAACUUCACAACAGAUUGUCCAAAGAGGGUUUUUGUAAAUGAUGUAAUAGGAGAAUGUAGAACCUACUUCAGUCUGUGUGAAACAAAAAGCAUUAAACAUCUGAGAGACUUCACACCAGACCACACUGAGGGUAAGAAGAAUCAAGGAUGACAGAUAUCGAGAGCCAAAAACCUGUGCCUGAGAAUGACCCUAGCCAUGCGGCAACAGCACCGAUGUAUGCCCCACCUCCAUACAUGCCUCCUCCUUAUCCUACGGGGCCUGUCAUGUACCCUCAACCCGUUCCUGUCAGCUUCAUCCCACCCAACCUGCCGCCAGAAGAGACCGGCAUCAGCAAAGCAGAAGAACCGAAUCCAGACCCAGCAGCUGUAUUUCCACCUGAGGAACCUCAGAUGUUUGUGUCAUCAUUUGAGGAUGAUAUUGUUCGGAAGGCGUUUAUCAGAAAGGUGUUCAGUGUGGUAACAAUUCAGUUGCUAGUCACUUUCACUGUCGUCUGUGUGUUCACCUUCUCAAACACAGUCAAGGUAGCGGUUCAGAGAAACAUCUGGGUGUACCUCAGUUCUUACAUUGUCUUUGUAGUGGUGGGCACAUGUCUUGCUGUGUUUUCCAAAUUCAGUCGCACACAUCCCUGGAACCUACUGGGACUGUCUGUGGUUACGCUGAGUCUGUCCUACAUGGUGGGAACUGUAGCCUCAUAUCACAACACAAGUGCUGUGGUCAUUGCUUUAGGAUCAACCCUGGUCAUCUCAUUCACCAUCAUCAUUUUCUCUGCCCAGACUCGCUUGGACUUCACAAUUUGUAAUGGUAUUCUGCUCGUACUGUCCAUCGACUUACUCAUGUUUGGAUUCUUCAGCAUCUUUUUCUACUCCAGUGUUCUGCAAAUUCUCUAUGGAUGUCUGGGAGCUCUUCUUUAUGCCCUGUUUCUGGCAGUGGACUGUCAGCUGGUGAUGGGCAGACAAACAUACAGCCUUAAUCCUGAAGAGUAUGUCUAUGCUGCCUUAAUUAUCUACCUGGAUAUCAUUAUGAUAUUCCUCUACAUACUUAUGAUUUUGGGUGGAGGCUCCAAAAAUUAAAUUCACACAUGCAUAACUUGAGGCACUCCCAAUCUGCACAUGCCGGCUGAAAUUCAACCUUCUGACCUCAAAUAUUCUUACAUCACUGCUAUGCUCUCUCUUCUGAUUCACUGAUCACGGUACUUGUAUCUUGUUGUUUGUAUUUGUUUAAGGUGCACUUUUGAUAUGCACGCUUUUCAUUUUAUUUUUUUUUAGCAGAUAAACAUUGUAAAUUGCAAUCUUACAAAUUGUUGAUCACAAGAACCUUUUGUAAGUCUUAAAUAUUAUGCUUAAUGUAAAUGCCUUAAAUGUUAUAAAUGUGAUAAACAUCCCACUGAUGUGAAUCAUGAAAUACUAACACAUACGACUCUAUAAUGUGACUGCUUCUGAUUCCAACAAAAUCUUAUUGUAAUUGCCUAUGCAAGUAAAAAUAAAUCCUAAAGCGUA